UUGGGGCUACUGUUGCCGGGGAGACCAGCGGUUCCGACGCCGGGGCCCUGUGCCACCUCUUGCCCUCCUAGCCUUGGAGAGGCCCUGAGUGUCACAGUGGGUCAGUGUCACAGGCCAGCAACAUAGCGCAGGACCAGACGGACUCCUGGGACCUGAGAAAGUAAUACUCUGCUUGGAAACAAAUAGCUGUCAAGCAAAGAAAUCAUUGGAUAUUUGUAUGCAUAAAGCAAACUCUAGGACUUCCAAAGACAAUGGUGAAAGAAAAGAAAAGAGCAGACAAAAAGGGAGAUAAAUCAUCUCGCUCUCCCUCAUCUUUCUCUGAAUAUCCAGAGCUUCCCAAGCAAGAUGUCAACAUCCCUAAGCAAGAAAUAUCCCCAGUUGCCAUUGAGCCAAUGGAAAUACCUUUAGAGCCCCCACAUAUUCAGGAGGAUGAAGAUACCGCCGAGUAUGAAGAGCCCAUUCUGACCAAACUCAUAGUGGAAAGGUAUGAAGGGGAGAAAGUCUGUGGAAUGUACGAGGGAGAAGGCUUUGCAGUCUUCCAAGGUGGUGGCACCUACCACGGUCUCUUCUCAGAAGGACUCAUGCAUGGACAAGGGACGUACAUAUGGGCCGACGGAUUAAAAUACGAGGGAGACUUUGUGAAGAACGUCCCCAUGAACCAUGGCGCCUACACAUGGCCGGACGGCAGCAGGUACGAAGGAGAAGUGGUAGACGGCCUGAGGAACGGAUUUGGGGUCUUCAGGUGCAGCACGCAGCCUGUGUCCUACAUUGGCCACUGGUGCCAUGGCAAAAGACAUGGGAAGGGCGCCAUUUAUUACAAUCAGGAGGGCACUUCCUGGUACAAAGGCGACUGGGUCUACAACAUCCGAAAGGGCUGGGGCGCAAGAUGUUACAAAUCUGGAAACGUAUAUGAAGGCCAGUGGGAAGACAACAUGCGCCACGGGGAGGGCAAGAUGAAGUGGCUGACGGCCAAGGAGGAGUACGACGGCCACUGGGAUCGGGGUGUCCAGAAUGGUUUUGGAACACACAAAUGGUUUAUAAAGAGAAUCCCUAACUCCCAGUAUCCUUUGAGGAAUGAGUACAUAGGAGAGUUUGUAAAUGGAUAUCGCCACGGACAUGGGAAGUUUCACUACGCCAGUGGAGCCAUGUACGAGGGAGAGUGGGUUUGCAAUAAGAAACACGGCAUGGGCCGAUUCACUUUCAAGAAUGGGCGUGUGUAUGAAGGGCUGUUUUCCAACGACCACAUAGCACAGUUUGUAGACCCGGAUGAAGACAUCCAGAGUUACCUGGACCUGCAUGCCAAAGGGGUCCGCACAAGCAGGCAGUACAGACCUUCCGUCAGCGCGGAAAUGAUCAGAAAGCUGGAGGGUACUGAGAGCCCCUCCACGACAGGACUGAGCAUGGAGCUGGACCUCAGCUUGCUGGUCAACCUGUACCCUAAGGAAGAGCAAGCUGAAGAAAAGAAGCAGGUAGAAUAUGCUCUCUUAAGAAACAUUUCAGAAUUAAGAAGAAUCUAUAGUUUCUACAGCAGCCUUGGAUGUGAUCACUCUCCAGAUAAUACCUUCCUGAUGACAAAACUUCACUUCUGGAGAUUUCUAAAAGAUUGCAAAUUUCAUCACCACAAGAUAACUCUUGCUGAUAUGGACAGGAUAUUAAGUACCGGUAACGAUAUACCAGUUGAAGAAAUUCAUUCUCCGUUUAGAACAAUACUUCUGAGGACAUUUUUGAGGUAUCUCCUGCAGUUGGCUUACCACAUUCAUCACAAAGAAUACCAAAAUCGAAGCCCAUCGCUCUUUCUGUGUUUUACAAAGCUGAUGACUGAAAACAUUCGUCCAAAUGCCUGCCAGGUAAAAGGUAACUUAUUCAGUGAGCAAGAGGGGGCGCUCUACACAAUGAAUUAUAUUGAUAAGUGCUGGGAGAUUUAUAGAGUUUACUGCAGACCGAGUGCAGUUCCUCCUGGUGAGCUUACGAUGAAGAUGAGACACUUCCUGUGGAUGUUGAAAGACUUUAAAAUGAUAAAUAAAGAAUUAAGCGCAACCAAAUUUGUGGCAGUAAUAGCAGAGGAUAAUCCUUUCAUACAUGAUGGAAUUGACAGCAACUUUGAACUUGAGCUGGUUUUCCUGGAAUUCUUUGAAGCUCUUGUAUCCUUCUCGCUCACCUUUGUUCCUGACCAGAAGACUAAAUUGUCUUUAAGUGUUCCAUGUGAUGAUGUCUCUGGAAACAGAAUCGGAAGUACUCAUACACUAACAAAUCAGGUGAUGAACAUGACUGCGGCCAUCUUUUCCAGAAUCGUGGAACAAAUUAAGUUUGUGAACCAAGGUACCACUGUACACCCCAAAGAACUGAAAGUAGGGUCUUGAAGGGUAAUCUAUACACCCAUGGUCACUGCAGCAGUCAGUCACAAUAGCUAAAAUAUGGAAGCAUCACUGACGGCCAUACAAGUGCAUGGGAUAAGCAAAAUGUGGUAUAUACACGUAAUGGAAUGUUACUGCGCCUUAGGAAAAAAUUUUGACACAUGCUUCAACCUGAAUGAACGUGGGGACAUUGAUGGUAAAUGGUAUAAACCAGUCACAAAAGGACAGCACUAUGAUUCCACUUGUAUGAGGUACCUAGAAUAGUGAAAUUCAUAGGGAUAGAAAGUAGAAAGAUGGGGAGGAAAAACAGGGAGUUAUUGUUUAACAGAGUUUUGGUUCGGCAAGAUCAAAAGAGUCCUGCAGAUGGAUGCUGACAGUUUUAGGGGACUUGGCCAGGAAUGAAUGGUUCAGCGGCGGGGGAGAAGCGUGCAAAUAAUUAAAGCAUGAGGCAAAAAUCCUGCAGGUUCUAUGAGAGGUGGAUAAUUAAACUGGGGGACAAAAGCACACAGGCUGGGCAAGAAUCAAGUGGUUAAACACGAAGGGUAGAUUAGUGAAGCAUGUUGCAUCCGGCCACUGUCGGGCCCCUUUCCCCAAAAAAGCUGCUUAGCCUUGUGUUAUGGUUGACAUAUUGUGUCAACUUGAGUCUAGAAGCUUAACUAAGUGACUCAGCAGUUCUACAUUCUGGGGUGGAAAGGAUGCCUCUUACCUUUCUAGGAUGUUGUUCAUUGUGUCAUUUGAGAAGUUUAGGAGGUUAACUGUGUGACUCAGCAGGGAGCCAGGGUUCAUACUUUGUAUUCACCCUGAGCCUGUGCCAGAGGAGGGCCUGGAGAUGGUGUGGGUGUGCAGGACCACCCCCUCGGUGGAUAGGCUGCACACAAUAAAAGGAAAAUGAGAAAGGACUGAUUGCUGGUUCUUUGGAGGAGCGCCACUCUUCGCCUUCAGCUUGGUCAUCUCCUGGCUUCUGGUGCAGACUGUUUGGCUUCUGCCUGGGACUCCAGCCUUCUAGAGUAGAGUUUUGGCCUUCGUCGUAGAUUCUUCAACAUUCCGUCACAGACGCAUCAGCCUCCUGAUACAAACUUAGAGACACCGCAGUGAGCUCCAGGCCUUAGACUGGGCUCUUCAAUCUCCAGCCGGCA